CCCCCACACAAUCCCCGGACCGGGGGUAUUGAGGGGAGAGCUUGUUGGGGCUGACUGUGUCUGCUCUGCUUGUGCCCAGCAUUCCACGGUCUUGUUGGCGCGUUGCGACACACAGGGCAGAUAGAUACAUAUCUAUACCCAGGUUAGCGGUCAGACAAGUCAUCACACGCCAGCGUCAACACAAAUCACCAAACAAAGCCCCUAACCCAAGCGCGGCCCUCCAAAAAAAAAAAACCAUGGACCCGACCGUCAUGCCCAAGAAGCUCUGGGAGCACCCGGACCCGACCAGCACGGCCAUGUACGGCUUCAUGCAGCGGCUCAACCGGGAGCGCGGCGCGGGCCUGUCCACGUUCGCCGACCUGCACCGCUUCUCGAUCCAGCAUCGCGACGCCUUUUGGUCCACCCUCUGGGACGCGGCCGGCUACAUCCACGAGGGCAACCAUGGCGGCCGCGUGGUGGACCACUCGCAGCCCGUCGACGCCGUCCCGGCCUGGUUCGAGGGCGUGUCGCUCAACUGGGCCGAGAACUCGCUCUACUUCCGCGACCGGUCCAGUAACGACCCGACGGCGCGCACGACGAGCGGCGGCAAGGAGGACGACAGGGUGGCCGUCACCGAGGUGCGCGAGGGCGGCACCUCGACGCGCGACGUGACGUGGGGGGAGCUGCGGCGGCGCGCGGGCGAGCUGGCGGCGGCGCUGGCGGCGCGCGGGGUCGGGCGGGGCGACAGGGUGGUGAUUGUGGGCGCCAACAGCGUCGAGACGCUGCUGGUCUGGCUGGCGGUCGCGUGGGUCGGCGCCGUCUUCUCGUCCAGCUCCACCGACAUGGGCGCCGACGGCAUCCUGCAGCGCACGGCGCAGGUGCGCCCCCGCCUGCUCUUCUUCGACGACGCCGCCCUGUACAACGGGAAAGUGACGGACCUGCGCGCCAAGAUGGCCGACGUGGCGCGCGGGCUGCGCGAGCGCUGUGGGGACGUCUUUGAGGGCGUCGUGGCCAUCCCGCGCUUCCACAACGACGCGCGCGGCGACGUUGGCGAUGUGGCCGAGACGUGGGAUGAGUUGCUAAAGGCCGGCAGGGGCAAGGCGCCGCCGCCGUUUGCGCGCCUCGCGUUCCGCGACCCGUUCCUGGUGUGCUACAGCAGCGGCACGACGGGCACGCCGAAAGCCAUCGUGCACUCGGUGGGCGGCCUGCUGCUCAACUUUUACAAGGAGGCGGUGCUGCACGAGGACGUGGGCCCGUCGACGGUGGCGCUGCAGUUCACGACGACGGGCUGGAUCAUGUACGUGGCCACCGCGGGGGCGCUGCUGCUGGGCGCCCGCACGGUGCUGUACGACGGCAGCCCGUUCGUGCCCCACCCGCGCGUGCUGGUCGAGCUGGUGGGGAGGUUGGGGGUCACCAAGCUGGGGGUGAGCCCCAGGUGGAUGCUGGAGCUGGCAAAGGCUGGGCUGGCGCCGCGGGAGCUGGCGGAUUUGUCCAAGCUAAAAGUUGUGGCCUCGACAGGGAUGGUGCUUUCUGACCAGCUCUUUGAGUGGUUUUACGAAAAGGGGUUCCCGGCCCACGUCCAGCUCGGCAACAUCUCUGGGGGCACCGACAUUGCCGGCACCUUUGGCGUCAUGAACCCCCUCACGCCCGUCUACCUCGGCGGCACGCAGGGCCCGUCGCUAGGGAUGGACGUGCGCAUCUUCGACUCGCAGUCGCCCGACGGCGCCGGCCGGGAGCUGCCCGCGGGCGAGCCGGGCGAGCUCGUCGUCGUCAACAGCUUCCCCAACGCCCCGCCCUUUUUCUGGAACGACCUGGGCGACCCUGCCGUGAGCGGCGGUGACACCACCAACAACAGAACAGGAACAGGAGGGGCGCCACCGGGGUCAAAGUACCACGCGUCCUACUUUGCGCGCUUCGAGCACGCGUGGGCGCACGGCGACUUUUGCGCCGUGCACCCGCUCACGGGCGGGCUGCACUUCCUGGGCCGGUCCGACGGCGUGCUGAACCCGUCGGGCGUGCGGUUCGGGUCCGCCGAGAUCUACGGCGUGCUCGAGGGCCGCCGGUUCGCGGACCGCGUGGCCGACUCGCUCUGCGUCGGGCAGCGCAGGCCCGGCGACCCGGACGAGCGCGUCAUGCUCUUCCUGCUCAUGAGGGAAGGGUGUCGGUUCGACGCGCGGCUCGAGGCCGAGGUGCGCGAGGCCAUCGCGCGGGACCUGUCGAAGCGGCACGUGCCAAAGUACAUUUUUGAGACGCCCGAGAUUCCGACCACGGUCAACAUGAAGAAGGUCGAGCUGCCCGUCAAGCAGAUCGUGUCGGGCACCAGGGUCAAGCCCUCGGGCACGCUAGCGAACCCGCAGAGCCUCGAGUACUACUACCAGUUCGCCGAGGUGGAGAAGCUCGUGGGCGGGAAGGCGAAGCUGUGA